AUGCGAAACAUGAGGAAGAGGAAGAUGCUCUUCCACUGGACAUGAUGGAUGAAGAUGACUUAAAAUUAAUGGAGGAUUUGGCUCAAAAAGCAUCCUUUUUAACCAGAGAUCUGUCUUCUAAUGAGCCUGUUCAUGUCAAAAAAAGAAAACAUGAAAGUGUGAUUGAGAAAUACGAGAAGGUGCCGAGACACAUGCAGACUGAGCCAGAAAAAGAACUCAUCCAUCUGCUCCCUAUCAAAGACAAGAGUGGCAUUAUUCCUCAGACUAUGGAAAAGCCAGCUCUCAGCACUGCACAGGAUGAAGAUGAGGAUACAGAGGAAAUGGAGCAAGCAGAAGAUUUUAAUGAAGAACCUCUGCCUGUUCUCACUCCUGAGGAAAUGGCUGCUCAAAGGAGACAAAAGUUGCAGGAAAGGAAGCUGCACAUUGCUGCCUUAGCAUCUGCCAUUCUCUCUGAGCCAGACAACAAUAUCAAAAAGUUGAAGGAGCUACGUGCCAUGCUGAUGGAACAGGAUCCUAAUGUGGCCGUGAUCGUUCGGAAGCUGGUGAUGGUUUCUCUGAUGGAGGUAUUCAAAGAUAUCGUGCCUUCUUACAAAAUCCGGCCUCUGACUGAAGCUGAAAAGGCUACCAAGGUUAAAAAAGAAACUCAGAAACUGAGAGAAUUUGAAGAAGGCCUUGUGAGUCAGUAUAAAUUUUACUUGGAAAACCUGGAACAAACAAUUAAAGAUUGGAAACAAAGGAAGCUGAAGAAAAGCAAUGUCAUCUCAUUAAAAGCAUAUAAAGGUCUUGCAGAGAUAGCAGUGAAGUGUUUGUGUGAGCUGCUUGUGACCCUACCCCACUUUAACUUCCACAAUAACAUUAUUGUUCUCAUCGUUCCACUCAUGAAUGAUGCAUCAAAAAAGAUUUCUGAACUGUGCUGUGAGGCAGUUAAGAAGCUCUUUAAACAAGACAAGUUGGGCUAUGCUUCGCUUGGUGUAGUUAAGGUCAUUUCUGGCCUUGUGAGAGGUAGAAAUUACGAUGUCAGACCUGAGGUGUUGAAAGUAUUUCUUCACUUAAGAAUUAAGGAAGUAGAAUUGCAAAAAGAUUCUGAAGACAUUGCACCAAAGAAAAAGUUCAUGACUUACAAAGAGAAAAGAAAAAAUCUUUCAAGAAUGCAAAGAAAGUGGAAGAAAGCAGAAGAGAAGCUGGAACGAGAACUCUUAGAAGCAGAAGCAUCAGAAAGUAAAGAAAAAAAACUGAAGUUGCACACAGAGACCUUGAAUAUUGUAUUUGUGACUUACUUCAGAAUCUUGAAGAAAGCUCAGAAAUCUCCACUUCUGCCAGCUGUGCUUGAGGGUCUUGCAAAGUUUGCUCAUCUCAUCAAUGUGGAAUUUUUUGAUGACCUGUUGAUUGUCCUUCACUCUCUUAUUGCCUCUGGGGGUUUAAGCUAUCGUGAGAGUCUUCAUUGCGUCCUCAGUGCUUUUCACAUACUCUCUGGUCAAGGUGAUGUUCUUAACAUUGACCCAAUGAAAUUCUACACACAUCUCUACAGGACACUGUUCAGCCUACAUGCAGGUCGUACCAAUGAUGAUAUUGGGAUUGUGCUCCAGUGCCUGGAUGUCAUGUUUGCCAAGAGGAGAAAGCAAGUUUCCCAGCAACGAUCUCUUGCUUUCCUAAAGCGCCUUUCCACGCUUGCUCUUCAUGUACUUCCAAACUCCAGUGUUGGGAUCCUGGCAACGAACAGAGUAUUAAUGCAAACAUUCCCAAGGAUGGAUCUCUUACUAGACAACGAAUCUCAAGGCAGUGGAGUUUAUCUCCCGGAACUAGAUGAACCAGAGCAUUGCAAUGCUCAGAACACAGCUUUGUGGGAGUUGCAUUUACUGCAGAGACACUAUCAUCCAAUAGUGCAGAAGUUUGCAGCCCACCUCAUUGUUGGAGCUCCGACUGAAGGCUCAGGAGCUCUUUCACUGGAUUUGAGCCAAAGGCCUGCUACAGAACUUUUUGAAGAAUACAAUAUGAGGGAAAUGACCUUUAAUCCUCCUGUUGCACCAGUAACACCUAGAAGAAAGGAUACAUUCUCACAAAUGGAUUCAUUUGUAGAUGAAGAGCUAAACAAACAGCUUCAACAACACAUUGGCGAGACUCUUGUUCACAAACCCUUGGAUUUUGCUAAACACUUGAAGGAAGCAUCCCUGUCGUAAGUGUAUCUAUCAGUCAUGUUCAGUUGGCCUCUCAAAUACGGACAAAGAUUGGCUGAAAGAAGUUUCCACUCAUCAUUAAAGGAAUUCAAGUAGGCUUUUGUCUGAAUGUAGAAACACACACAAAAACCUAACAGCAGCUUCUCAGACAGUUACAGUGCUUCGCCACUUAACCAUCCAGUCCAGGUUCUCAGAGCUCAGGAACCACAAGGAACAGUCACACCGGUAACUGUAGAAGAUACAAACCAAAGUAAUUUUAAAACUGGCUGCAACCAUGUAUUAUAGUACUUCUGUUUAUAUGCUUUCUGAUUUUUGUAACAGAACAUAGAUAUGAACUCAGUUGUGUUCAUAAAAUAAUAAAUAUUUUGGAGAUGUUACCAUAAUGC